AUGGAGUUUCCUUUAGAAAAACUAGUUGUCUCCAGCAGCUGUCCAAGUGAUCCAAAGAAGGACAAUAAGAACAAAGAAAACAUCAUGGAUGCAGACAAGGCUGAGUUCUUGAGGGAGUUCGGUUCCGACUAUGGUUACCCAAACGGUCCAAAAUCUAUCGACGAGAUUCGAGCCACUGAAUUCAAUCGAUUAGACCAAAAGGGUAUUGUGUAUCUAGAUCAUGCUGGUGCUACUUUAUACUCUGAGUUACAAAUGGAAGCAAUCUUUAAAGAUUUCAGCUCAAAUGUCUAUGCAAACCCACAUAGCCACAGUGAUUCCAGUUCUGCAACAUCUGACAUUAUAAGAGAAGCUCGACAACUGGUGCUUGAUUAUUGCAAUGCAUCUGCUAAAGAGUAUAAAUGCAUAUUUACUUCCGGGGCGACCGCGGCUUUGAAGUUGGUCGGGGAGGCGUUUCCGUGGAGUAGGGAGAGUUGUUUUACGUAUACUAUGGAGAAUCAUAAUAGUGUGCUUGGGGCUGCAGCAUUUGCAGUAGAUGUUGUAGAUAAUGUUAAUGGAGGUGGAGUAUCUAAAGGCCAUGAGGCGCAGGUGAAGUUAUCACCGCACUCAUUGCAAAGGAGAAAUGAAGCUAAAAUCCUAGAAGAGGAGCCUACAGCCAAUGCUUAUAACCUAUUCGCCUUCCCUUCGGAGUGCAAUUUCUCUGGCUUGAGAUUCAGCCUUGACUUAGCUAAUCUUGUUAAGGAAAAUCCUGAAAGAAUUUUGGAAGGCUCUCCAUUUUGCAAGGGUCGCUGGAUGGUCUUGGUUGAUGCUGCAAAAGGAUGUACUACACGCCCUCCAGAUUUAUCAAAGUACCCUGUGGAUUUUGUUGUAAUCUCUUUCUAUAAGUUAUUUGGCUAUCCAACUGGACUUGGUGCUCUCAUUGUUCAAAAUGGUAAGAGCUUGGUUUUGAAAGAUUUAAUGCUAGAUGUGGUUGCUUUUAAGUUCUCUAACUUUCGUUUACAUUAUUGUGAUGCUACAGAUGCUGCCAAGUUGAUGACAAAGACUUACUUUAGUGGAGGCACAGUUGCUGCAUCGUUUGCUGACAUGGACUUUGUUAGAAGAAGAGAAGGUAUUGAAGAGCUCUUCGAGGAUGGCACCAUUUCAUUUCUGAGCAUAGCAUCAAUACGCCAGGGGUUCAGAAUCCUCAAUUCCCUAUCUCCAUCUAUGAUGAGUCGGCACACUGCAGCUCUUACCAUGUAUGUCAAGAAGAUGCUAUUGGGUCUAAGGCAUGAACAUGAAGCUAAUGUUUGCACCAUUUAUGAAAAUCAUGAUUUGAAGGUUGCAACUCUCCUCUUUCAGUUAGUUUGUCAUGAAUCAGGUUCCAUAGUGUCAUUCAACUUGAAAAGGCCUGAUGGCUCGUGGUUUGGAUACAGUGAGGUGGAAAAGCUCGCUUCCUUGUCUGGAAUUCAGUUACGGACAGGAUGCUUUUGUAAUCCAGGAGCAUGUGCAAAAUAUCUUGGCUUGUCUCACCUAGAUCUUCUUUCAAACUUAGAGGCUGGUCAUGUUUGUUGGGAUGACAAUGAUAUUAUACAAGGAAAACCAACUGGGGCUGUUAGAGUAUCAUUUGGUUACAUGUCUACAUAUGAAGAUGCCAAGAAAUUUAUUGAUUUUAUCACAAGUUCAUUUGUGUCGAUGCCAAAUAAGUUGGAAAACAGGAAUAUGUUGAGAACAAAAUCCAUAUCCUCAUCAAAUGAAGGCCUUGAAAGAAAUGCUGUUUAUCACCUCAAGUCUAUAACAGUUUACCCAAUAAAAUCAUGUGCAGGAUUCAGUGUGGAAAGUUGGCCUCUGACAAGUACUGUAGGUUUGCAACAUGAUCGGGAAUGGCUUCUUAAAAGUCUAACUGGUGAAAUCCUUACUCAGAAGAAGGUUCCUGACAUGUGCUCUAUUAGUACUUAUAUUGACCUCAGUACAGGAAGAAUGUUUGUAGAGUCCCCUCGAUGUAGAGCAAAAUUGCAGAUCAACCUUAAGACAGAUUCAUAUCCUGGUGGGAUAGAAGAGAUUAAGUUGCGUGGCCACAGAUAUGAAGUCCGGCACUAUGAGAAUGAUGUUGACCUGUGGUUUAGCCAUGCUGUUGGCUGUCCUUGUACUUUACUAAGAUCUUCUAGUUCCCAGAACUACUCAUGCUUGAAUGAGGACAGAAGCAGGAACUUGUGCAGAGAUGUGGAGAGCAGAUUGAAUUUUGCCAAUGAAGCUCAGUUCUUAUUGAUAUCUGAGGAGAGUGUGUCUGACCUCAACAACAGAUUGAGCUUAAAUGCACAAAAAGGAACUCGUGGAACAGCAGUUCCAGUCAAUCCAAUGAGAUUUCGGCCCAACCUGGUUGCAUCUGGAGGUGAGCCUUAUGCUGAAGAUGGAUGGAGAAAUAUCAAAAUCGGAAAUAAGAAUUUUAUGUCACUGGGUGGAUGCAACCGCUGCCAGAUGAUCAAUUUAGUUCAUCAAUCUGGACAGGUGCAGAGGUCAACCGAGCCUUUGGAAACUUUGGCUUCAUACAGGAGAGUGAAGGGGAAGAUUUUAUUUGGAAUAUUGUUGAGACACGAGAUUCAGAGUAAGAUGGGGAUGCCUACAGAGUCAUGGCUUCGAGUGGGAGAAGAAAUUCAUCCAAAUUCAGAAUAG